CCAACAAAGAUCACUAUCACUAAACAACCAACAAAAACUAUUACUAAUAUCGAUAAUCAAAAGAAACAAACAAAAGUUACUACUGCUAAAGUAGUAGAACAAAUAACUCCUGCUUCAGAUAAACCAAUAGAUACUAAAGAUGAUAAAUCUUUACAAAUUUCAUCAGAAACCAAAGAAUCUGAUCAAAUAAUUAUUAUAGAAGAAAUAGAUGAAUCUGAAGAGGCGUUAAUAGCUGAAUGGUUAAUUGGUACUGGUUUAACAUUUAAACAA